CAGUUUGCGUUGAGUGACGCUCUACUUUAUUAGUAAAACUAAACUUUUCCUGUCUUGAUGAAUUAUUUAACAAAGAUGUAUAGCGUGUGGCUCUUCGCGUCUAUGUGCGUAGCCGUGUACGCUUCGCCUUCCAAUUCCCGAGACCGGCAAGCGUCCGCACACAUGUCCGCGUUGUCUGAACUUGCUGCCCGACUUUUCAUCACAAUCGCACCUGACCCCUGCACCACGAACUCAAAAACUCAAGGAAUCUGCUACUGGAGCUCCGACUGUACGAAGCUCCAGGGCACCGCAGACGGCAGCUGCGCUCUGGGCUUAGGAGUUUGCUGCUCAUUUAUUAGGAGUUGUGGUGCCACAACAAAGAUUGAUGGAACGUUGUUCCGCAAUCCCAACUUCCCGUCGACCACCACCGCCGCCAGCUCCUGCACACUCCAAAUAACUCCUGCCAGCAGCAACAUCUGUCAGAUUCGCCUCGAUUUUACUGACUUCAAUUUGGCUCAGCCCAACGAGGAAGGAGAAUGUGUAACGGAUUCCCUGAAAGUUACUGGAGGAACAUCCACUGUUCCAGUGAUUUGUGGACAAAAUUCCGGGCAACAUCUUUACAUGGAUGUGACCCCUACGUUUGGAAGCGUCAAUAUAAAGAUCGACACAACAUCAGUGGGCAAGAAAUGGAACAUCGUUGUCACUCAAAUUAAAUGCGACUCUGUUAACAAAGCUCCCACGGGCUGCCUGCAGUAUUACACCAGCACGACUGGAACAAUUAAAAGCUUCAAUUAUGACACCAGCCUCGCCACAGCCGCCCCUACAGCCACCACCCAACUUAUAGACCAGCGUUAUAAAGCGUGCAUCAAGAGUCAGGCAGGCUACUGCAGCGUAGCUUACUCAAAGAGCUCUGGGAUUGCCAACGAUAACACCUUCUCCAUGACUGGAGACCCGACCUCCAUAGCUCCAGGAACCCUCCCUCCAGGACUAGCAGGUAGCGCGUCUUGCACCACAGAUUAUCUGAUAAUUCCUAGCGGCGUCAUAACUGACUGGAGUCCGGCCAUUUAUAGCCCGACCAUUACUUCAGCUGAUCGCUUCUGUGGCACGAAUUUUCCCCGCACAGUCAGAACUUCGGUGCAACCGUUCGCGCUCACCGUCGUCCACGACGAGCAAGAAACUUACCCCGCGGACGCCGCGCUCAACGAUGGCCCCAACGCCGGGUUUUCUCUUAACUACAGAAUGCAAGCUUGCUAAAUCAAUAAAAUUUCUGUUUGAUAUUUGAACCAAAACAGUCAACUAGAAAAUUGUUUGUUAAAAUGAAGGUUAGUCAAGAAAAUUUCCGUUUGAUAUUUGAACCAAAACUGUCAACUAGAAAAUUGUUUGUUAAAAUGAAGGUUAGUUUGGACCGAAAUUGGACAGGAAAGCGACCCAACAUGUACAACGAUGAGUCGUAUGCAGUCAUAACAGUUUCUUUUCUGUCUAAAUAUUUCUAAGUUUCUGAUGCAACAAGCAUCAGUGAGAUGACCUGUGGCGUGUCCAAGACUUCAAUAUAUUUAUGGAAUGUG